UUCUUACUCGCUCUGUUGCUACCUACCGCCUACUGCCUUUUCGCUUCUCGUCCCCGUCGCUUUCAAUCCCAAUCUUCACUCUCUCCGACGGUGCCCUCACUCUCGAAAUUCUCCCUUUUACUGCCAGGAGCACCCUUGGCAGCACAACACUGGCCGUGCUAGUAGAAACACAGCCGGCCUUGAAACCAAACACGGCCAUCCAGCCAACCAGAGAUGCAGUGAGCCAUCUGUCAGCCCCGGGGAUCAAGCCACCCCGCCUCCGCCCUUCUGUUCUCGGAGGCGACAACGACGACAGCGACAUGGCGCGCAGAGCCAUGGACAGCCAGCACCACCAGCAGGCCCCCUAUCUCACUCUCGUAUCUAGGGGCCCGCGAGGUGACGGUGCCAGCAUGAGCAGCGCCGACUCUGCAUACGGCUCGGGCGCCGGAGACUCGUCGGGCGCGCCGUCGGCAACACAUGACAUCAGCCGCGUUAACUAUCAUGUCAAACAUCUCGAGAUGUUUGCGAAAAGUCUUGAAGACUCUGCCAGCCGCGCAUUUCCUAAUAGGGGGCGCUCGCUGCAGCGCUACACCAAGGUUCAGGUAUUGCUGCUUCAUUGGAUGUCGGAUGACCUCUUCGUGCUGCCCGAGCUCGAGGACCUUGAGCAGUGCAUGCGAGAAGACUACGGCUACGAGACGGAUGUCUUUGCCAUCCCGUCUGAAAACUCUCAUCUGGAGCUGAUGCUCAAGGUGGGCGCCUUGAUCAAAGAACAUGAGGCCACCGACACUCUUUUUAUCGUCUACUACGGCGGCCAUGCCAGGAUAGACGAAUCCCGCCAGAGCACGUGGUGCGCAACUCGCCAUUCCGCAUCGCCAUGGCUACAAUGGUCUGCCAUUCAGACACUGCUGGAGCGCUCCAUGUCGGACACGUUGAUAUUAUUGGACUGUUGUGCUGGUGCUGCAAGUGCUACUUUCCCCAACGGCAAGAGCAUCACCGAGACAAUAUCGGCCUCAAGUUGGGACGCCAUAGCACCCGACCCGGGGCGAUACUCGUUCACCAACGCCCUCAUCGAGGUGCUCCAGCAGUGGAAACUGAGAACAUAUUCAGCUGCCAUGCUGCAUGCCGAGGUUCUCGCGCGUCUGAAGCAUCCCAGGCCCAUCACCAUCAACGGGAAGCACUUUGAGGCCCGGUCGACGCCAGUACACUUCAUGAUGACCUCCAACCACAAAGCGCCCAGUAUCGAGCUAGGCCGCAUUAUUCCCGACAGCAGGCGGCCACCAUCACCUCCCGAAGAAGCCAACACAACAAUGCCUCUGCCCAUGGCCCCGAUCGGCACCGGCCGAGGUCCGGGCGAGGUGGUCAACACAGAACCGACCGAGGACAAGCCUCAUGUCAUGAUAUCACUAGCCCUGGAGGACAAUCAACAGCUCGACCUUGACGCCUGGGAGCAGUGGCUGGCCAGCUUCCCCGCCCUGGCCAGGCACGUCAAAGUCCAGGGCGUCUUCAAGAGCCACUCGACACUUCUUCUACUGUCACUGCCCGUCAUGAUCUGGGAUCUCCUGCCUGAGGACCCCGCUUGCUCAUUUGUGGCCUUCAUCAGGUCAAAUAACCUGAUCAAGAAUACAAGCUCCGAGCCACCCAUGGUCGCAGAAACGACUGCUACGGCUCGCCAUGUUGACGAGAUUGGCGGUGACGGCGGCUCCAUCUUCUCAGGAACCACCCUUGAGCCAGAGACUGUACCCCUGGCCCAAUCAGGAGGUGAUAGACCACAAAACGCCCACGACCCAACCGUGGCACGCGCAGCCGAGUCUAGCAUGACAGCCAGAGUCUACUCGAGCACUUCGGGCGAUUCGGCGAUAAGUCCGAGCCCGUCCAUCGAUGAUCGCAUAGAAGAGGACAAGGACCACAAUGGAAGGUGGACGGCGAUAGUCAACCACUCCAAGAGCCAGAAGUGGCCUGUUUUCCAGUCUGACAACACCGUGCCCGAGCCGCCCAAGCUAAGCCAGCACGUCGCGGCUCGCCUUGAGGAGUACUUCCAGCAGGACCCGGACCCGAACGUGGCCGUAACAGAGAUUUAUGCCUCCAAUUUGGGUAUCCGAACAGCCGACGUCAACCUGUGGUACUACCACCGUCAUCAGCAGGAACGCACCGCACACAGCCUUCGGGAUCUCGGUGGCGACGACAGCACACGGGACCUGCACGAUAGUGCUCGCAUGAUCCUGCCCGGGCACCUCAACAGGCUUCUUGAGAUCUACCCCUCAAAUAUCCUGCUGAUAGAUCUCCGGCCACACUCGGAUUUCGAGAAAGCCCACAUCCAUCAGGCCGCCAACCUGCGGGUGCCCUGCGUAUUCAUCCAGCACUCACCCAUGGAUAUGAUAGAGCGCGCGUUCGCGGACGAGGGCAGCCGCAGGAGCUUUGCCGAGUGGUCGUCGACCAAGUGUAUUGUCUUUUACGACCGUGCGGUAGAGUUCACUUGGGAGUGCCCAACUGCCGACGCCCUUUUGGAGAGGUUUAGGCAGCGGGGAUGGAUGGGUAAAGGCUUCGUUCUGAAAGGGCCGUUUAGGGAGUUCUCGGUAUCAUACGACAAGUACAUUGUCGGGGCAAAGACGUCCAAGCCGGCCCAAGAAUAUCUCGACAGUCUGGAGAAGUCGACUCCCCUGACGCCAGAACAAGUGGUGGACGCUCAGCAGCAGUACGACGAGUGGCUGCAGAUGGUCGACAAUGAGGCUCAGGUCCCUUCGACAAAUUUGGUACCGGCCAAGCAAGCAGUGCGACUACGAUCAAUUGAGGAGGCCCAAGAGAACCUCUUGACAGAGUUCAAGAAGUGCUUCCCUGAUGUAUACUACCAAUCUCUCGGCCAACAGCCGCCGCCAGCACCAGGAACUGCAUCGUGGGACGGCGACAAGAAGAGAGACAACUUUGAUGUGUCACAGGGGCCCCUUGUCGGCCCGCUGAGCCGGGCGAUGGAGAAGAUGCGGGAGGCGGGUGUGGCGCCGCCACCGGGCCCGGACUACAUGGGGAGCAGCUUCUCGGGCAAGAUGGCUGGCGAUGAAUACCAUCAGCAGCCACAACACCAACAGCAGCCGCCACACCAGUCCCAGCACAAGCACAAGCAGGUGGCGGGCGAGGAGGACUACGACGAGAUCGGCCCCAAGGGUGAGCGGCUACGAGACGACCCGGGCUUCCAGAGCACCGGAGACGUGGGGUCGCCGAGUCCCGGGGCCGUCAGCGAAGGUGGCGGCGGGGUAGCAUCCGGCGAGGGCCAGAAGAAGCAGCGGCCGCAGCAGCCAAGAUUCCUGCGCAGCGCCAGGUCAUGGAUACGGGGGACACGGUCGUCGUGAGGUGCCCCCUUCCCUGCCAUGACGUUUUUGACGUGAUUUUACGUUUGGGAAACCAAGGGCUUUGACACCCGUUGAGCCUCUUGGGUCGUCUGGUCUUUAGACCUUAAGGUUGGGUUCAUGUCUCGUCCGAGCCGGGUCGGUGGCGGGAACGUGUCAAACGGCGGGCCCGGGCGGAAACGGGUUUGGACAUGCCGCCAACUCUUUUUUUUUCUUCUUUAACCUACAUGAUGGCAAUGACGUUUUGGAGGGUUCAGCUAUUGGCGAAAAGGGCCGCUGCGACGGCACUAAGAUUACGAUUUCUAUUCCAUUUUCUUUUGAAGGGAUAACGCCCAAGCACAUACAUGGCAUGGUUUCAAGGCACAGGUUCACGGUCGGGAGUUUGUUGUUUUUUUUUCGAAUUUCUUUGCCACAUUCGUCUCUCCUGGGUCCAGUGUUUCUCUCGACCCUUUCUUGACACGCCCCCCUCUGGUUGCAAAGCAUGCGACCUACAUGGCGGCGCUCAUUUCUUUUGGGUUUUAGUUGGACGUCGCCAAGACCCAACUUUUGCAGAUAAUAAAGAUAGCAUCUUAAGUCGG